GGAAAACAGACAUGAUCCGGAAGAUAUCGCUGCGAAUCACCGCCCCUUCCGCUUAACCUUUCCGUUUGUCUCCUUAGCACGAACUGCAAGGACUUCAGUUUCGAGGAAGAGCAAAUUUCUCCUGUUGGUGCACGGAGUAUGACCUCUCUCUUUUGGCAGCGUGGAAUCUCAUCUGCUGUUUCCACCCCAUGGCGACAGAUUCUUAACUCCUUUCGGUCAGCAGAGUCUGUCAAUGCUUUCCAAAGCAUUCCUAGGCCGGUUGUGCCCUGGAACUACCAGCAGAUUCGUCCAAGAAGCCGAGGCAAUGAGUAUCAGCCAUCAAAUAUCAAGCGAAAGCACAAACAUGGAUGGAUUAGACGUAUCCGCACAGCCAAUGGGAUCGAAGUGAUCCUUCGAAGGAUGCUGAAAGGCAGAAAAUCUCUGUCUCAUUAAAAUUGUCUCUAGUGAGACCCUUUCAAACAAAGUUGGAAGCUUGACACAUUAGUUCUUUUUCUUGUUAGAAAAUGCUACAAUAUGGUACGCAGUUCUACAAGGCAUCCUUUACACACAGGGGUGAUUAUAAUGGUCCCUAUUUGGAUUGUGAAUCUAAAAUAUCUCCAAGAAGGAAUAAACCUGUUUCAAACUUCAAAAUAAAUGUGUCCUUUUGUUUUAAAAAA